GGGUAGACUGGGAUAUAAAAACUGAGACUUCAGAUAACAUUUACUUUUGCUUUCGAUUUUCUCGCACUCCAAGCAGUCCAAAUUUUCUAACAGCGAGUUUGGUGUGGUUCUAGUGUGUUGCAGAUCUGGAAAGCGUGUGGGUGUAAAUGCAGACUAGGUAUAUGGAGAGGACCAAAUCUAUGAGCAGAGGCAAGAGGAGUUUGGAGGGGGGAGGAGGAGAAGACGAGCAGCAGGAGCGUAAGCGGCCUGCUCUCGCUAGUGUAAUUGUUGAAGCUCUGAAAGUGGACAGUCUACAAAAGCUAUGCUCGUCUUUGGAACCUAUUCUUCGCAGAGUUGUCAGUGAAGAAGUGGAGCGUGCCUUGGCAAAGUUAGGCCCUGCUAGACUUACUGGAAGGUCUUCCCCAAAACGAAUUGAAGGUCCAGAUGGACGAAACUUGCAGCUGCUCUUUAAGUCCAGAUUGUCUCUUCCUCUCUUCACUGGAGGGAAAGUAGAAGGCGAGCAGGGUGCUGCGAUCCAUGUUAUUUUGAUUGAUGCAGACACUGGUUGUGUUGUUACAUCUGGACCUGAAGCCUCAGUCAAACUAGACAUUCAUGUGCUGGAAGGUGAUUUUAACAAUGAAGAUGAUGAAGGCUGGUCCCAAGAAGAAUUUGAAAGCCAUGUAGUGAAAGAGCGUGAAGGCAAGAGACCCUUGUUAACUGGGGACCUGCAAGUGACACUUAAGGAAGGGGUAGGGACAUUGGGGGAGCUUACAUUUACGGAUAACUCAAGUUGGAUAAGGAGCAGGAAGUUCAGGCUUGGCUUGAAGGUUGCCUCUGGAUUUUGUGAGGGCAUGCGCAUACGAGAAGCAAAGACAGAAGCUUUUACUGUUAAAGAUCACAGAGGGGAAUUGUACAAGAAACACUAUCCACCUGCAUUAGAUGAUGAAGUAUGGAGAUUGGAGAAAAUUGGCAAGGAAGGGUCAUUCCACAAGAGGCUGAACAGCAAAGAAAUAUUCACAGUUCGAGAUUUUCUUCGGCUUGUGGUCAGAGAUCAGCAAAAACUUCGAACUAUCCUCGGAAGUGGUAUGUCAAAUAAGAUGUGGGACGCUCUCUUAGAGCAUGCAAAGACUUGUGUCACGAGUGGGAAGUUCUACGUUUACUUUUCUGAUGAUGCAAGAAAUAUGGGUGCUGUUUUUAACAACAUAUAUGAACUGCGUGGCCUUAUUAAUGGGGAGCAAUACCUUUCUGCUAAUUCUCUUUCUGAUAGCCAAAAGGUCUAUGUGGAUAUGCUGGUGAAGAAAGCAUAUGACCAUUGGGACCAAGUUGUAGAAUAUGAUGGCAAGGCACCCUUGAGCUUCAAGCAGAAUGACAGGCCAAGUGCAUCCCGGAAUGAACUUAAUAUGGGCCCAAUUGAUUACUCUACUGCUUUGGAUCAUCAGCUGCAAAUACCACACCUGCCUGUUCCUUCAGAGCAGCCUCCUAUGGAUUCUGGCUUACGUGUUGGAGGGUAUAAUGAUAAUCUGGCAACGAGGUAUUCAGCCCAGUCACAUAUUGGAAAUUCAAUUUCUCGCGUCCAGUUUGACAGCACUUCUUUUGCACAACAUGACCAUUUGUUAAGCAACUCUCACCAAGACCAAAGUGGAAGAAAUGAUAACACUGCUGUUGGACUGGCCCUUGGUCUUCCACAAUCAUCCACGUCAGGAUUUGAAACUAGUAACCCUACAGCUCAAUCAUCUAGUCUUCCUCCUUUCGAUGACUGGUCCCAAAACCAAGAGAAGGGAGUUGAUGAGUUCUUUUCAGAGGAAGAGAUUCACAUUAGAAGUCGUGAGAUGCUUGAGAAUGAAGAUAUGCAGCAUUUGCUCCGACUCUUCAGUAUGGGAGGUCAUUCCUCAAUUAACAUGCCAGAGGAUGGGUACUCAUUCUCAUCAUACAUGCCAUCACCAAUGCCAACCUUUGAGGAAGAUCGUGGCCGAUCUGGAAAAGCUGUUGUUGGGUGGCUGAAGAUUAAGGCAGCAAUGAGGUGGGGUUUCUUUAUUAGGAAGAAAGCUGCUGAGAAGCGAGCACAGAUUGUUGAGUUAGAUGAUGAGUAGAUGUUGCUAUGAGGAUGCAGUUAGGUUUUCUCCUCUUAACCUUCAUACUGCCUCACUAUUCUGCAAAUCAUACUUCAUUCUUGGAACUUUUGUUGUGUCUAGGUAUGUUGGCAGCAGAAGCUCUCUUCUUGUACAGUUUGCCAGUAUAGUCGUUUCUGUUAAUCACCCUUGAUUCCAUAAAUAUGCAUUCUCACCACAAUACCGCUGCAUUUGUGAACGGUAUAUCUAUGCGUUUUUCGGGUUGUGUUUAUAGGGGUAAAUGUGCUUUUCACUUGAUAGCCCCUUCUGCGUUGACUGAUUAGAUGAUCGGUUCUUAUAUCUUCUUUGUGACUUAAAUUUGUUGUUUCAAUUAAUGUAAGAGAGUUGUGGCUUCUAGUAUAUUUUUGCCUUAC